UCUUGAAAAUUUCAUAAGCUUUUGCAUCACCUACCCCAAUCCACACAGGCUUUGAAAGUUUUGAGCCCACACUUACCCAUUGAAAAUGGGCUGGGCCGGCCCGUUGUCGCUGGACGGUGGCGCGGAAUUCGACCGGCAAACUAGAAGCAGCGAACGGGGAGGCCGAAAACAGAAUUAGCAGUAAGAGUACGGGGGAUCCUGGGAAAUCGCCUCCUAGUGGAGAAAUUGAGGAAGCCAUGGAAAGCGAAGAAGCAAAGGACGCCGCAAGGGAUGAUUGUUCUUUCAUCUGGGACGAAACAACUCAACUCUAUUAUCAUGCCAGUAGUGGAUUCUAUCACGACCCAAAUGCGGGGUGGUACUACAAUAGCAGAGAUGGGCUCUACUACAAGUUUGAGAACGGGAGCUAUGAGCUUUUGCAGUCCGAUCAGGUUAAUGGAUGUGAAGCAGAAACUGGUGGAGGAAUUGUUGCUGAUGCUUCUGAACCCAACUUGGAAAGGUCAACACAUGCUGAAGAAAGCAAUGUUGAGGGGGGAUUUUUAUCUGGUUCUGUAUUAAUGGCUGAUGAGUCGGAUAGUUGCCAGCAUGGAAUAAGUGAGCCGCUUACUAGAGAUACUGGGUGUGGCAGCUCUGAAGAACCUGAGUUUCCACCUCCGCCUUCAAAUUGGCUGGAAGAAACACUUAUCAAUCUGUACUUGUCUGGUUACAAGCAAAGAGACGAUGCUCAUCAUAACUCCAUAGUGCCUUCAGAAAUGGAUGGUGGAGAUGGUGUCUACUCUUCAGCUGGAGGAAAUGAGGAUAACAACAUGUCACAACAAGAAAUGAUAACAAACGUUUCUAGUGGUUUAAGUGAUCCUGGUGAAAGCAACAUUGAUGAAGCACAUGUAUCGGCAGAGGAAGAGAGCUGGCGAGCUCAGUAUGGCCAAGUAGUCCAUGACAACGAAGAUAGAGUACAGGACUGUACUGCCACAGAUUUAUGGGAUUGGACUUUGAUCACAGGUUCCAAAGUGGAUGGCCAUAGUAAGGUGGCUAGACUGGUUGGUCGGUUGGUGAAACGGUCUGCUAAGCUUCACCCUUCCAUGCACACUGGUGGGGGUCUUUUAAGAACUGCUCCAAUAUGUGAAGUGCAUCUUGACCUGGUACGGGUUAAAACAGGACAAAUUUACAAGUUGAGAAAUCCGAGUUCGAAGUACUUGGCUUCUUUGUCAACUUACGAUUCUUCCAACCCAACUAAAGAUUGGUGUUUCCCUGAGCUGUCAAGUAGUAUUCAAGAUGAUGGACUGAAAAAAUCAAGAGGAUCAAGUGAUGGAGCUGCAUCAAAGUCAUCCGAUCAACUCUUGAAAUCCACACAGGAAAGUCAUGCAUAUAGGGAUAGAGCUGCCGAGAGAAGAAAAUUGCAUGGUGGUUAUGGUGUGGGUCCCGGUCAGAAGAUUCCAUCAAUUAACAAUCCUGGUAGUUCAUCACCUGAACCAACAGCUACUGAUGAAGUUGAACCUGACGAAGGCAUCACACCAUUUGGAGCCGGUAGUUAUGCUAGAAAGAUUCUUGAGGGCAUGGGUUGGAAAGAGGGAGAUGCUCUUGGCGGCAGCAGGAAAGGACUGGUUGAACCAAUACAGGCAGUUGGGAACACUGGCAAUGCUGGUUUGGGUUGGCCGACAGGCAACAAAAGGAAGCAUCGAUGAAACACCAGAAGUUUUGCAGUGCAAUUAGGACUCUUAUGUCAGCUUAACACAUAAUAUCGAAUUAGGGUAUUGUA